AUUGCAAAUGAGGGUGUCAUUGCUACAAGGAGGCACUGGCAGUGUUGGUAUUGGAAGCUGCUCCCCCUGCCUCAUAGUUCUGGGCUGGGUAAGGGUAGGUCACUGGUUUGGCAUGUUUAUGCCUGCUGGGUAACUGGUGUGCAGGAUUACUUGACCAAACAGGUUUUUCAACUAUUUGGUUGAAAUGUUAUCAGGCUUGAUAGCAAACUUGCACUAGCUGUUGCUUUCGUCUUUGACUGGGGAGUAUAUAACAUGCUGCUGAUGGGGAAACAGCUGCAUUUGGCAGCCAUCUCAAAAAGAAGCAACAAACCACAGGAGAAAUCACGGUAAACUGACAGCUGUAUGAGGAGGAUACAAAGACAGAAAGAAGACGCAAAGGAAUGGCAGGGAUCUGGGAACUUUUUAUUGUUCUGUCCGUGGGUCUUCUGAUUCUGCACUUCCUGAAACAUGUCUGGUCACGAAGACACUACCCUCCUGGGCCUCUUUCACUUCCUAUCAUUGGUGGUCUCUGGCGGCUUGGGAUCAUGACUACUCAUGAAACACUCAUGCAGUUGGCAAAGCAAUAUGGAAAUGUGUACUGUAUAUGGGGAGCAUAUGUACCAGCAGUAAUACUAUCUGGAUACCAAGCAGUGAAAGAAGGCCUUACAAACCAUUUUGAUGACCUGUUGGACCGACCAGUAACCCCAUUCCUGAAAACUGCUCUUAAAAAGAAGGGCAUGGUAUUUUCAAACGGUCACAUCUGGAAGCAGCACAGACGUUUCGGCGUGAUUACUAUGCGGAAACUGGGGCUGGGAAAGAAAGGCAUGGAGCACCAAAUAGAAGAGGAGGCCAUUGAGCUUGUGAAGAUCUUCGCCCAGGCAAAGGAACAGCCAUUUGAUCCAUCACUGCCCAUCACAAAUGCAGUUUCCAAUUUAAUAUGCGUUUUGGCUUUUGGAUACCGAUUUUCCCUUGAAGACGAAAAGUUCCAAAAAAUGAUGGAAGCUGUUGAUUUUUCCUUGAAACAUGGAGGUUCUAUAUUUCAUUGUCUGUAUGAACUCUUCCCAUGGUUGUUGAAACAUCUCCCAGGACCUCAUAAUAAGGCAUUGUCUUCCAUAGAGCUAGUACAUUCAUUUGCAAAGGAAGAGGUAGAAAGGCAUAGAAAGCAGCAAAAGGAUGAGCCACAGGAUUUCAUUGAUUUCUAUCUACUUCAAAUUGAGAAAAGCAAGGAUGACCCCAACUCUACCUUUGAUGAAGACAACCUGGCAGAGUGUGUUCUUGACCUCUUCAUCGCAGGGACAGAGACAACUGCUGCUACUCUGCAAUGGGGACUGCUUCUCAUGGUGUCUUAUCCAGAUGUUCAAGAUAAAGUCUACAAGGAGAUGGAAGAUGUUUUUGGUUCCUCCCUUCCCAUUUGCUAUGAAGAUCGAAAGAAACUGCCUUACACCAAUGCGGUGAUGCAUGAAAUUUUGCGUGCAAAAUAUCCCUUAUUAAUUGGGAUUCCCAGACGAAGUGCAAAGGAUGUGAAGAUGCAUGGAUUUCACAUUCCAAAGAGGACAUUCGUUAUUACAGAUCUGCAUUCUGUUCUUGUUGAUCCCACACGAUGGGAAACACCUGAAGAGUUCAACCCACACCACUUUUUGGACAAGGAUGGAAAUUUCAGGUCUAGAGAAGAAUAUCUGCCAUUUGGAGCAGGGGCUCGAGCCUGUGUGGGAGAGCAGAUGGCCAAGAUGGAGAUAUUCAUCUUCCUAACCACUCUAUUGAGGGCAUUCCGCUUCCAGCUGCCCGAAGGGGUGAAAGAACUUAAUACAAAGCCUGUUUUGGGGCUGACAUUGCACCCCCACCCUCACAAACUCUGGACCAGAGAACGCUACCCUCCAGGGCCUCUUCCACUUCCUCUCAUUGGAAGCUUGUGGCGGUUUGGGAUCAGACUUUCUCCAGAUGCUUUCAUUGAGAUGGCAAAGCAAUAUGGAAAUGUUUACACUUUCCGGAUAGGACUUCUACCUGUCGUAGUGCUGUCUGGCUUCCAAGCUGUGAAAGAAGCUCUGAUCAACCACGAGGAAGAUUUUGUUGACCGACCGGUGACCCCUUUCCUUAGAACAACAUUAAAAGGAAGGGGAAUUGUAUUUUCAAAUGGUCACACGUGGAGGCAGCAGAGGCAAUUUGGUAUAGUUACUCUGCGGAAGCUGGGGCUGGGGAAGAAAGGCAUGGAGCACCAAAUAGAAGACGCAGCCCGUCGUCUUGUGGAGAUCUUUGCAAAUUCAAAGGGACAGCCAUUUGAUCCCUCGGUACCAAUCACUAAGUCAAUCUCCAGUGUAAUAUGCGCUUUGACAUUUGGAAACCAGUUGUCUACAGAUGAUGAAAACUUUAAGAGACUGCUAGAAAUACUUGAAAUGAGCUUACAAUUUGGAGGCAGCUUUUUCCAUGCUCUUUAUGAAAUGUUCCCAUGGCUCAUGCAGUAUCUCCCAGGAACUCAUAAAAAGAUAUUUUCUGCCUAUGAUGAGGCAAUUUCCAUUGUACAGAAGGAGAUAGAGAAACAUAGAGAGCAACAUUCCCUGACUGAGCCACAGGACUACAUUGAUUUCUAUCUACUUCAGCUUGAGAAAACCAAGAAUGAUCCUUAUACUACAUAUGAUGACGGUAAUCUGGUUGAGUGUAUUCUGGAUUUCUUUGGUGCAGGGACAGAGACAACUGCUGCUACUCUGAAAUGGGCAAUGCUUCUCGUUGCAAUUCAUCCAGAAGUCCAAGAUAAAGUCUACAAGGAGAUGGAAGAUGUUUUUGGUUCCUCUCACUCAAUCUCCUAUCAAGAGCGUAAGAAACUACCAUAUACCAAUGCAGUGAUUCACGAGAUCCAGCGCGCUAAAUAUAUAUUGCUUUUUGGGCCACCUAGGCAGAGUCUGAAGGAUGUAAACAUACUUGGUUAUCCCAUUCCCAAGGGAACCUUUGUUAUUCCAGAUCUGCGCUCUGUUCUUUACGAUCCGAAACAAUGGGAGACUCCUAGAGAGUUCAAUCCAAAUCAUUUUUUGGACAAGGAUGGAAAUUUUGUGGCUAGAGAAGAAGAAUUUCUGGCAUUUGGAGCAGGAGCCCGUGCGUGUAUUGGGGAGCAGAUGGCAAGGAUUGAGCUCUUCAUCUUUUUCACCAGCCUGCUGAGGGCAUUCAGCUUCCACAUACCAGAUGUGAAGAAACUCAACAAAGAACCUAUAACAGCGUUGACUUUGCAUCCCCAUCCUUAUAAACUAUGUGCUGUUCCCCGCAGUUCAUCAUAA